ACCAGCUGCGGGGAUACUUGAGCAGGCACGGGGACACCCGGCCGAGGACAGAGGCCAUGGUGAACGCAGUGACUCCGCUCAGGCAGGACACAGCAUGGGAACAUGAGCACAGACAGUGGUGGGAGCCAGGUUCCUCCGCCAGGGACACACUCGCGUGUGGCUGGAGCCACCUUAAGCCCUCGCUGUCCCCUGACUUCGUGGAGACCCUGAGGGCCGUGGUUGGGGCCCCCAAUGUCUCCACGGCCACAGCGGUGCGGGAGCAGCACGGCCACGAUGAGUCCAUGCACCCCUGUGCCCCCCCAGACGUCGUGGUGUGGCCCCAGGCGGUGGGGCAGGUGCAGGAGCUGGCAGCCCUCUGUCACCGCUGCCGUGUGCCCAUGGUGCCCUUUGGCACCGGUACCGGCCUGGAAGGAGGCGUCAAUGCCGUGCAGGGCGGCGUCUGCUUUGACCUGAGCCGCAUGGACGCCAUCGCCGAGCUGAGCCUCGAGGACUUCUCGGUGACCGUGGAGCCCGGUGUCACCCGCAAGGCCCUCAAUAAGCACCUGCGUGGCACCGGGCUCUGGUUUCCCGUUGGUACCGUGGGCAUGAGGGGGGUCAUGGGGCAACAACACUGGAAGAGCUCAGGAUGAGGACACACUUG